AACAGGGGCGGACUGACCAUUUGGAAACUCGGGCACUGCCCGAGGGCCCGGGGUCAGUAGCGGGCCCCAUGAGAUGCCCCUGGUACCUUUUUUUAUAGGCUUUUUUGAGUUUUGGCAAGCACACGGGCCCCAUGAUCCCCUAUUGCCCGGGGGCCCCAUGAGUUGUCAGUCCGCCCCUGAGUGGGAAGAUAUACAGAAGCACUUUAAUUUUUGUCCAGCUUCCAGAUUUUGUCUAAAACAAAGCAAAGUAUAGCAGAAAAGGUGUGACACUACCAGCCAUAAGC